CGGAUUAAGGUAUAGACAGUGGACGUGAUCGUUGCGAUUUGCUAUCGAAGUUUUCUCCCGAAAUUCUUUCGUUUGCUGGGAAAUAUCGCGUUGCAUUAAGAGUUUCUUGUGCAUUGUUAAAGCAGAGCGUAAAUUUCGAAAAAACUUUUCUCUAAAAACAAAGGUUAACCGGACAGACCGAACGUAAGAUUUUGUGCGUGUCGUGCGAAUGGACCGCAAUUUAUCCGGUCGUCUUACCCGGCGGAGCCCGUCACCAUCUCGGGGCGGACCGCUUGGGUCUAGUAAAUUGCGCAUGGACCGAAAGCCCAAUCACGUUCGGAUUAAUGAUCCCAGUCAUCCGGCUGGCAAGCGCAAGGAAAUCGACAAUGUAAUGCGUAAAGCACGUGCUUUUCCCAACGAAACGUGGGACAAGAAACUGCUCGAGGUAGAGGAGAAAGACCCGAACCGUUGGCGUCACACCGGUUUCAAAAAAAUGUAUAUUGAAGACGAUCCAAGCAGCUCGGAUAGCGAGCGAGCAUCGGCCCGUUUCGGCAAUGGUCCGCCGCUUUCGCGUCGUAGCCGCAGCCGGUCUCCGCGGUCUCCUCCACCGCGACACCGUCGCAGUCCUUCGCCCCCUCCGAUGAGAAAACGGCGCCCGUUACCGGUAUCGCCCUCGCCACCACCGAUGCGGCGGCGACCAUCGUCUCUGUCGCCGCCGCCGCCCGAGCCAGUUAUGAAGCGCAGACCUCGCUCGCCGCCACCCAGAAUGAUGCGCCGUAUGUCGCCGCCGGAAUUCCACCGCCGAUCGCCGAUUUCAGCUUCCGGAUCACCACGUCGCAUGCCAGUUCGCAGAAUGUCCCCGAUUCCACAGCCAAGACCGAAACCGAAGCGUCCUCCGUCGCCACCGCCUAAGAUAAGUCGGUCUCCCUCAGUUUCCAGUUGUUCAGAUGAGUCGUGUUCGGCCUGUUCCGUUGAGGAGCGACACCGCCGUCCGAUUCGUCGUUCUCGUUCGAUAUCCGGUCCGCGUUCGCGUCAUCGCGUUGUCUCGCCGCACGGUGCUCACAUCUCGAAAAGUCGUCGCGACGGUCCGGUAGCACGUAUGAUGAGUCCGCCGCCGACGGAUCCGCGCCGCAAGGAACCGAUGCCGAAGGUGCAUCGCGUCGACAAGGAUCCCAGAGAUCGUCCAUCGAGACCCAUUCCGCCACCACCGCCAGCGGAAAGGGUCCGCCGCCCACAGACACCCGAAUCGGAUAAAGCACCUUCGCCGAAGCAAAUGCGAGUUCCAAAACCGAAACCCAUUCCGGAGGAUCCUCGCCCGGUUAAAGUUCGUUCGUCGAAGACUUCAUCAGCGGAAGUUCCUUCAACCUCUAGCAAGAAGCACAAGGAGAAAAAUAUUGAGAAGAUGCGCGCAAGAGUCAAAAUCGAAGGCGAGCCGAAGCAACGCCGGCCACGGUCACCGUCCUCGGGUUCGGAAGAUUCCUCCAGCAGUGAAAAUUCACUGCCCCGAUUUACGGCCACCACUCGGCUGACGCUAUCGGAACGGUUCGGCAAGAUGGCCCAAUGGAGCGUCGAUCGUAGUAACAUGGAGAAUAUGCGCAUCACAAAGAACAGUUCCGGUGGUGAUCUGAAAGUCAUGAUCGAGGAGGAAAUGGAACAACCUCCUCCGGUUAGGUAUACGUACUCGCCGGCACCGGCCGGACACUUCCCGGAGGAGCUAAUGACCACCGGACCGAGCGGCUUAUCCUCGUGGGAUGAUGUUCGGGUGCGGUACGAGUACUACAAGGGUCGCGGUUAUCUCAGAGAUCUGGAUCUUCAAGACUACAUAAAAUGGGAGGAAUGGUGGUACAAGUAUCAAGAGUGGCUCAAACAAGAACGAUACUACGAGCUGUGGGAACGAUCACAGCUGAAUCGUCGCCGCAAGAAAAUUCCCAUUUCGCAGCGGCUCAACUAGACAGUAGACUACUUAAAACGUGACCGAUCUGUUAGAUCGAAUUCGAUAUUUAAAAUACAAUAUCUCUUCUAUUUAUACAUUAACAUUUCAAUGUGCAUUACAAGAGCAAUGGGAAUGAAAAAGUUUACUGAAACUGCACCAUGUUAAGAUAGGGAAAAAAUAACUUGCGACGUACUGAGUCGCUUUUUUUUUCUAGUAUUAAUACAGUUUAUCAAUGUAUUUUGAUUUUUUUAGGACUCCGUCGUAAUAGUGUAAACAAGCAGCGAAUAAACCUGAC